CGGGGCGGGCAGGCGGUCCUGCGAGCUCAGCAGCAGGGACAGGCAGGGACGUCUCCGGCUCAGCGCUCAGCAGAGCGAGAGGACGCGAGAGCCAUGCUCGCGGCGGUGGGCUCCCUGGCGGCCACCCUCUGGGCAGUGCUUCAUCUCCGCACCCUCCUGCUGGGUGCCGUCGCCUUUCUGUUCUUUGCUGAUUUCCUCAAAAGACGGCGCCCAAAGAACUACCCGCCGGGCCCCGUUCCCCUGCCCUUCGUGGGCAACUUCUUCCAUCUGGACUUUGAGCAGUCGCACCUGAAGCUGCAGCGGUUUGUAAAGAAAUAUGGAAACGUUUUUAGUGUGCAGAUGGGUGACAUGCCUUUAGUUGUUGUAACUGGAUUGCCCUUGAUCAAAGAAGUUCUUGUGGACCAGAACCAAGUCUUUGUGAACCGCCCUAUCACACCUAUCCGUGAACGUGUCUUUAAGAACAGUGGAUUGAUCAUGUCUAGUGGCCAAAUAUGGAAGGAACAAAGAAGGUUCACCCUGGCAACACUAAAGAACUUUGGUCUAGGAAGGAAGAGCAUAGAGGAACGCAUUCAGGAGGAAGCCCAUCAUCUCAUCCAGGCGAUAGAGGAGGAGAAUGGACAGCCUUUCAACCCUCACUUCAAGAUCAACAAUGCAGUUUCCAAUAUCAUUUGCUCUAUCACCUUUGGAAAGCGCUUUGAGUACCAGGAUGAACAGUUUCAGGAAUUGCUGAGGUUGCUGGAUGAGGUCACAUGUCUGGAGACAUCAAUGAGAUGCCAGCUCUACAAUGUCUUUCCAUGGAUUAUUAAAUUUCUCCCUGGACCCCAUCAAAAACUCUUUAACGACUGGGAGAAACUGAAAUUGUUCAUUGCUCAUAUGACUGAAAACCACAGGAGAGACUGGAAUCCUGCUGAACCAAGAGAUUUUAUUGACGCUUACCUCAAGGAAAUGGAAAAGAAUAGGGGCAAUGCUACUUCAAGUUUCCAUGAAGAAAACCUCAUCUACAGCACCCUAGACCUCUUCUUUGCUGGAACUGAGACAACAUCUACAACCCUGCGCUGGGGUCUGCUUUACUUGGCCCUCAACCCAGAAAUCCAAGAAAAAGUCCAAGCUGAGAUCGACAGGGUGAUUGGCCAGUCACAACUGCCAGGUUUAGCUGUUCGAGAGUCCAUGCCCUACACCAAUGCCUUCAUCCAUGAGGUGCAGAGAAUGGGAAACAUCGUUCCCCUGAAUGUGCCCAGGGAAGUGACAGGUGACACCACCCUGGCUGGAUACUACCUGCCCAAGGGGACCGUGAUCGUGACCAACCUGACUGCACUGCACAGGGACCCUGCAGAAUGGGCCACCCCUGACACGUUCAACCCAGAGCAUUUUCUGGAGAAUGGACAGUUUAAGAAAAGGGAAGCCUUUCUGCCUUUCUCAAUAGGAAAGCGGGUAUGCAUUGGAGAACAGUUGGCCAGGUCUGAGCUGUUUAUUUUCUUCACUUCCCUUGUGCAAAGAUUUACCUUCAGGCCCCCAGACAAUGAGAAGCUGAGCCUCGAGUUCAGAACGGGACUCACCAUCUCCCCAGUCAGCCACCGACUCCGUGCAAUCCCUCGGUCCUGAAGGAGAGGGUGAGGGAGGGAGGGAGAGGAGUAAGGAGAGCAAGAAGAAUUGGUGUGUCCUCUGAGAAUACGGGAAUGGAAAGUGACUCUGAGGGAUGAGGAUAGGAAUUAGAGGAUGCAUGAUCCAAGUUCCAGCCUUGCUGUCUCCUCUCACGGAGCUUUGAGCAGAUCUUUUAUGUUGUGAAUGAUGUUCAUCUAUGAGAUGAAAAGCAGAUGAUGAUUCCUCCACUAAAGGAAGAACUGUCAGAAUCAAAGGGAAUGAUGGACUUUGAAUGGUUUGGGAAAUCAUAUCACUUAUAAAAAUUAUAGCUGAAAUCUGCCUCUUUCCCAUUUGCUUUUUUAGAAAUGGAUUUGCUUCUAGCCUUUGGAGGUGCCUCAGGUGAAAGUGGUGCCAAACGGUUGCUAAGAGUAAAAAUCUUGACCCUGGUCCAGCCAGAGGCUGACCACUAAUGCUCUGACACUUGUGCAAGCUUUAUCUUGCUCUGGCAUCAGAAUGGCCCUCUGGGAAGUCAGGAGGGUAGCUCUUACUCCCUAUUUAUAGGCAGGUAUCUAUGAAGAAGCAGUUUCUGUGACUUACCUAAGGAAAUACUACUGUGGCUUUGGAAUCAGGACCGAGCAGAGUGUGACCACUAUCAACUAAACCUGGGGAACAGGUUUGGGAAAAAACGUGGAAUUAUCUUCUGUCCUAAGGGUACUUCUUUGCCUUAACUCCACCAUCACGCAUUCUGAUUAUUCUUGAGCUGUUUACAUUGGGUUUAACUAUAGGGUAGGUGUGAACUUCUCAUGCAAAUAGAUGAUCAGCUUUUGAAUGGUGUUACCAGCCCAAACUCAACUGAGCCCUGGUACAGUCUUUUAUAGUAGAGAACCAGCAAUGCCAGGAUCCUGCUCAAUACCUCUGCAUGUAGUUGCCGAGGGGAGACAAUGGCCGGAAAAUUGAAGGCCACGUAACAUUGAUGGUCCACAGAGUUUUGACACCAACCCCAAAUGCAAGCAAACACACAAACACUUGCUAAACUGGACUUAAACAAGCCCAUGUGACCCUAAUGGAUGAUGAGAAACACAUGGCCCAGUCAUCGCUGUUGCAUCCCUAGCUGACAGUUGGCCUACCAUCAGAACUGUGCAAAGACCAUCUGAGAUGAACUGGACCCAAGCAUCUCUAGCUGCUGAAUCCAGAUGCAUUGAGUGAUCCCAGCUGAGAUGAGAACUGCCCGACUGAAUCUAGCCGAAACUGCCAACCUUAGAUUUAUGAGUUAAAUGGUUAUUGUUUUAAGCCACUGUUUUCAGGUGCGUUGUUAGACAACAAUAGUUACCUAACACAUUCCUUGAGGGCAGAAAUAGUACCUGUCUUGUUCAAGAACAGUCCCUGGAACAUGACUGAGCUCAAAAAAAUCAUGAAUUAAUGAAUAAAAUAAGGUAGAAGAAUUAUGAGCUGGUGCUCAAUUGGACCGAUCACUCCAAAUUAGAUCUCUGCCACUACCCCUCUGUCCUUGUUACCUCAUUUCAGUGACGUAUUUCUCAGUCCUCAUGCCAACUUCUGUAAUAAUCUUUCAGGAACAAAGUGGAGGAGAGUGCAGACUUGUUCUUACCUUACUGUUUCUGUUCCAUUUCCCAGGUGGCUUUCUGAAAUGGGGCCACCUCUUCCUUUUCCCCGUGCUUAUUGCUCAAGAAUAGGCUGAUAUCCCUGGAUGGGUAUUUUGUCCAAUAUCUGGGUCACACUGUGUUUUUGUGCAUUCACCAUGAGCUAUGUGUUCUCUAAAAAGCUAAGAACAUUUCCUUCUGCUUUUGAAGCAGAUAAGAAAUUAAACUAAGCAAAAAUAAGGGUUACUUUUAGGGGCUGUCACGGAAUCAUUGAUGAUACCCGUUGCAACAGUCAGGGUCAGAACACAGGCUUCUUUCUCUUAGUCCAAAUAUAUCAAAGGUCCAAAGAUAUCAGAGGGCUUUGAUGUUCAUAAAACGUAAAAGAUUCAGGGGUGUGGAGGACUGUAGCAUGAAGAGUUAGAUGACCUGGGUGCCGGGCCUUAAUUCAGUUCUAGGUUUUACCAUUUAUUAACUUUUGCUUGUGAAUUAAACAGACUACUUUACUUUCUGGAACUCCUAUCUUAUUCUGCAAAAUACAAUGAAAUAAUACCUACUGUGGUCAAUUAUGAGACUGAUCAUAAGAGCCACUAUCCCUCUCUGGGUUUUUCUUUGUGGUGCUCCUCCCCAUGGGACCAUUAUGUAUAAUUGUCCUGAUACAUCCAAGAAUGGCCACGUUAUUUGCUCAAUAAAAUGAGCAGAAGUUCCA